AAAAAUUGAAAAUUCAAAAUCGGAUAAAUGGGCUUCAUUAUUUUAAACCAUUGAAACAGUAAAAAAUUAAAAAAAAAAUCUGUAGAUACUAAAAUUCGGACAUUUUAUUGAACAUUCUGUUUACAUUGUUCGCAAAUUCUACAAAAAGCGACUUUAUCAAUCUUCUAAAAAAAUAGCACUAACGUGUACUAAAAUGUGCCCUAAAUGUUACGUCCUUAAUUAGUCCAGAAAAAGUAUACGCGAAAAAACGGCGUCAUUAUUUGAGUUAGUCUCUCCCACUGUCCACGCCUCAGCAUUUAGUUCUUGUGUGACCUUCCAACCGACGACAUGGCUCUGCAGAAGAGGACUGUCAAAAUAAUCGCUAUUACAGUGAUUGCACUAAUUAUUAUUGGAGCGUUGCUGGGUAUCAUACUGGGUCUCGUGCUGCGAUCGGACAAAGUUGAGUUGGAGGUAUGGCCUCGAGGAGCCGAUGGUGGCAAGGAGCCGAAGAUCUCGUAUAAAGUGAGCGACAACAACACAUUCUUGCCAUGGAUACGUCGGCUCAAUGACACGCUUAGUGAAUACAACAAGAUCCGCACAGGCAGCAACGCCGGUAAACUGGUCCAGUGCAACUACCACACGGUGUUGAACAAGGACCAGGUUUGCGACGUGAACGUCAACCUCUUCUACCCGUGCACCGCGGCCAACAACUACAACUAUCAGAACGGCAAGCCUUGCGUCUUCUUGAAACUUAAUAAGGUUGCAAACUGGGUGCCAAACCUUUUCAACACCACGGAGAGUCUACCCGCAUCCAUGCCUCUUGACUUGAAACAGGCUAUCAAACCCCAGUCCGGAAAACCCGAAAUGAACCAAGUGUGGGUGUCAUGCGAGGGCGUCUCCCAAGAAGAUAAGGACAGCAUCGGAUCUCUGCAAUACAUUCCCAACUCUGCCCACGGGUUCCCGUCUUACUACUUCCCUUACGCGAAGCAGGAAGCUUACCUCAGCCCGUUCGUCGUCGUGCUGUUCGAGAACCCCACUUUGGACAAGCCGAUCAACGUCGUCUGCAAGGCGUGGGCCAAGAACAUCGUCGACAAAAACGAGCAGGUCUCCAUCCGCUUCCAGCUGAAGGUGGACAGCUAGAUUGUAGAACACCAAAGAGGGAGUCGCCGUUCAAACGUUCAUAUGUGUGGUGCUGAUGGUCAGAUACCGUGGAUUCGGUUAUCUUUUUCUUCAAAUAUUUUAUGAAUUGAUGAUCUUCAAAGAUUUCAUGGGUAGCUGUUGGUUCAAACUAGAGAUGCACCGAAUGUUCGGUUACUAUUCGGUAUCCGGCAAAUUCGGC